UCUACGAGCUACCGACUUGAGUUUGCCCUUACUGCCGACGAGGAGGUGAGGGGAGGAGUUUCAGAGAAGUGUCCGGAUACAGUGAACAUAGAGGAGGGGGGAAGACACCUGCACAGACAGACACACACAGACACAGCCAUGGUGAAGAUCAGCUUCCAGUCUGUCUCGGGACAGAAAGAUGAGAAGGAAGAUGGCGACAAGACCGAAGUCCUCAUCCCUCAUCAGAUGGAUGAAGAAGAGCUGGUCCUGCCGCUGCGUCCCAGGAAGUCUCUCCUCAACGGCCUGUGCUGCCUGACAUUUGGCCUGGUUGUGUUCAUGGCCGGUCUGGUCCUCGCCUCUAUUUAUGUCUACCGCUACUACUUCAUACCUCAUAUCCCUGAGGAGAACCUGUUCCACUGCCGGGUGCUAUAUGAAGACUCAGUGUACGCACCGCUGCGUGGGCGUCAGGAGCUGGAGGAAAAUGUCGGCAUCUACUUGGCCGACAACUAUGAGAAAAUCACUGUGCCCGUGCCUCACUUUGGAGGCGGUGACCCUGCUGGAAUAAUCCACGACUUCAACAGAGGACUGACUGCCUACCAUGACAUUGCUCUGGACAAGUGCUACGUAAUUGAGCUCAACACCACCAUCGUGAUGCCUCCACGCAACCUUUGGGAGCUUCUUAUUAACGUCAAGAAGGGAACAUACUUGCCUCAGACCUACAUCAUCCAUGAAGACAUGGUGGUGACUGGCAAAGUGCACAACAUGCGUCAGCUGGGACCUUUCAUUUACCGCCUGUGCAACGGGAAGGAGACGUACCGCCUGAGCCGUCGUGUCAAGCGUAGACGCAUCAACAAGCGCGAGGCGAAGGACUGCCACCACAUCCGUCACUUUGAGAACACAUUUGUGGUGGAGACUGUUAUCUGCGAUGAAGCGUAAACGGUUUAUCCAUGUCAUACCCCCCCACCCACCUAAAGGCACAUCUCCAGUUGCUACCGCAGCCACUGUAGCACUCUCUCGUGGUUCAGAUCAUGUCUGAGUUGCACUUUACUUGUGAAUUUUUUUUCAAUUUCCCAUAGGUAAUAUGUACCCUUAUCUGUGAUGCAAUACUUACCUGAUGGUUCUAUCACAGGAUUUUCCAUGUAGCAAAGUCCUUAAGCCAAUAAUGACUCAUGAUUUCAAGAUCUCUCCUGUUGCUCUUCGGGGAUUUCUAUGAUGGUUACUGUCGUGGGGGGAGGUGACUGUUGUUUAGUUUUUUCCUCGAGCUCUGGAGGUUAAUUUGUGUCUCUUCGUUUCACUAACAUCUACACAAAGCAUGCAUCCAUGCUUUCCUGAGCAAACAUUUUCCAUACAUUUCAAUUAUCUUCUUUUCUCUCCUGUUCUCAGUAAUGUAAACAUGUAACUGCUGAUGACUAGUUGCUUGCUUGCAUCUUAAUUCUCUUGCCUGUUGCUUCCUCUCUUUCUGUUUUUCUCUUCUUCCUUCAAAGCUUCAGUAGUAGUAGAGUUGCACUGGGCAUUAGGCUGAAUUCACUUUUAUAAUAUUCUAUCACAAUUGAAACCGGUAAAGACCAUUAUUAAUAUUUUGCUCUCAUUUAUCAUUGGCUUUUCACUUAUUAUUGUGCUUUUUUUGCAAUUCAAAAGCUCCUUAUCACUGCAUUGGUGAACCAUUUUACAAUAUUGUCUUUGUUUUCCCUUGCACGUGUUGAUCUAUAAGAGAAAAAACAGUUUUGUAAACCAACGUUUAAAGCCUUAGUCCAGAGUCAGAGACUGGACUAAAGUCAGAGCUACUGAAAGGGAGCUUAUAAUAUAUGUUAGUUAAACAAAACCAACUCUGAUCUGUAUAUUUUGUCUGUUAAGGAAAUAUGUCUGGCAAUAAAGUAGUGAAAAAGUG